AUUGAAUAUUUUGAUAAUUAUUCCAAACAAUAAUCAAUAAUAUUAAUUUUCCAACACUUUUAAAUAAUAUAUUAAUGAACAUGGAAACAGUACCGAAAGAUUUACGGAGUUUAAGGGCUUGUUUAGUUUGUUCUCUUGUCAAAACGAUUGAUCAAUUUGAAUAUGACGGAUGUGACAAUUGCGAUGAGUUUUUACGGAUGAAAAACAAUAAAGAUAACGUUUUCGAUUGUACUAGUGCUAAUUUCGAUGGAAUGAUUGCUGCUAUGAGCCCUGAGGACAGUUGGGUUUGUAAAUGGCAGAGAAUAAAUCGAUUCACUAAAGGGGUUUAUGCAAUUUCGGUGUCAGGAAGAUUGCCAGCAGGAGUGAUUCGUGAAAUGAAAAGUCGAGGAAUUGUAUACAGAGCUCGAGAUACAAGUCAACGAUAAUUUUUUUAAUCAAGAUUUCAUCAACUAUAUAUAUUAACAAUACUUUAUUAGAUACAUAAAACAAGUAUUAACAAUUUCAAGAUUCUCAAAGUGACAUUUAAUGAUUAUUACUAUAUCAUUUACAUCUAAUAAAUAAAUAAAUAAAACAUUGUGCGUAGAGAACAUGUCAAAAUAAUGAUAACAUAAAAACGAAUCAAGUCUGGAGGGAAUCAAGUGCUUAUUAACUAUUAAAAAAGACUAGAUUCAUACAAUCUCUUUUUAUCAGAUCUGACUACUUGCUGCAGUUACUGCAGUAUGUCCAUGAGAAGAAACAUGACGUAGUGCUGGCAAAUUAUUAUUAAUACAGUUUAGCCAUAAAUUUGCACAAGUAACAUGAUAACUGUUAUCGUUAUGAACAACUUUGCCACUAGUUAUGACAGUCAAACACAGAGCACAAGCUGAACUAUCUCCUUGAUGUUGUGGCCAAGUUGGUAAUUCUGUAACGAUCUGUAAACAAAAUUUAUUUUAAUAACAAUUUUUUGAUCAUUUUUUUCUUUUCAAGUAAAAUAAUUAAAAUCACCGGAAUGUUAACGUAGAAAGGUUCCAUUUCCGCCCAAAUUUUAUCAAUAUCCAUCAAUAAAUCAUCGAAACCCAUAAUAUUUAUAUCCAUCUCUUUGUGAGAAAAAUUAACUCGUCUACAAACAGCUGCCACCUCUGCUAAAUCUUGAAAAUAAAUUUUUUUUAAACUUAUUCUGAA